AUGCUCGGCCUCGCUUUGGGGGAAGACGCUUCAACUCUCUCUGCCAUUGGCUCGGGUCUUUUGGCUUUGACAGCAUGUUUUGUUGUUCGAUGCGUUUACGACCUCUUCUUUCAUCCGUUACGGAGAUUUCCUGGACCAAAGCUGGCAGCUGUUGGGUCCUUUUAUGAGUUUUACUAUGAUGUUAUCAAAGAUGGCACUUAUCUCUGGGAAAUAGAGAAGAUGCAUCAGAAAUAUGGUCCUAUUGUUCGCAUCAAUUCCAAGUCACUACACAUACACGAUCCCGAGUACUAUUCCACAGUCUAUGCUGGAGGCAGCCGGCGUACCAACAAAGAGCCUUCAGCCGUCUCAGGAUAUACUUUCCCGCAUUCUACCAUCGCCACGAUCGAGCAUGACCUCCACCGCAAGCGUCGAGCCAUUAUAAAUCCAUACUUUUCGAAGCGGGCAAUUGUCGGUCUUGAGCCGUUCAUUCACGAGAGGCUCGAUUCACUGUGCGCACGUCUCAAAGAGUCAAUGGCUCAAGAAACGGUUGUCGACCUGACGUCUGCCUUCUCGGCAUUCACAGCCGACCUCGUCACCUACCACUUCUACGGGUCGCAUUCAGAUUACGUGAACAGCAAGGACUUCAAGUACGGUCUGAAAGACGCCCUCACAGCUUUGCUUGACUUCUACCACAUAACGCGGUUCCUGCCCAUCCCCGCAACCACGUUCAAACGCCUUCCGUUCCCCAUCCUCCGCCUGAUCAACCCCAACUUCUGCCUCGUCAUUGCAGCCCGCAAUGCCAACAAGGAAAGAAUCCUGAAAACCAUCAAUACCGAGCGCGAGUCCAAGGCCGCAGAAUCCAAGUCCAAGACCAAAUCUGUCAUUGUCAGUGCUCUGGCAGACCCCAGCAUCCCCGCCGAGGAGAAGAAGAUCGACCGCUUAGCGGACGAGGGCGAAACUAUUAUUUUUGCUGGAAUUGAUACCACUGCAAGGACGCUCGCCGUUUGCUUGUUCCAUCUGCUGAACAACAAGACGCACCUGCAGAAAUUACGAGAGGAGCUCAAGGCACAGGGCAAGCCGGCCGGCCAUGAGUGGACCACCGCUGAGCUUGAAGCAGUGCCGUUUAUGAGAGGCGUUGUCCAGGAAUCGAUUCGACUCUCUUACGGCCUGGUCGUGCGCAUCCCGAGAACAGCAGCCGAUGAGGCUCUCCAGUACAAAGAUUUCACGAUCCCGCCUGGUACCCCCAUCAGCCAGUCAACCUACCUCAUCAACAACGAUGCGUCCAUCUUCCCGAACCCUUCGCAGUUUGACCCCGAUCGUUGGGUUAGAGCUGCAGAAGAAGGCUUCAAUCUCGACAAGUACAUGGUCAGCUUCACGAAAGGAAGCAGGGCCUGUCUUGGUAUAAAUCUGGCAUACUCCACGCUGUACAUCGGCAUCGCGAGAAUCGCGACUAGCCUCGAUAUGGACCUGUUUGAAACAAGAAAGCAGGAUAUCGAAGUGUACCAUACACGAGGCUUUGCGUUUCCUAAGGAAGGCUCCGGCGCUGUCAGGGCUAGAGUUACGGGUGUACCUGCAUGA